AUGAAGGAUAGAGUAGUCGAAGGACACUGGGACUGUAAUACUUUGGGAUUUAGGUGUUGGGAAUGGGCCGUCUGUUUUGGUCGUCACUGCUGCAGAUUUGUACCGUGUGCUGUGCGCGAGGUACCCUCUCGAGUCAUUGGCCGUCGUACUCGUCAGUUGUCACCAAGGAUAGCAUACGAGAAACAAAACGAAAGGGCGAGGCUCCCCGCAAUGGGAGGAAAGGGGAGUGGAACCGAUGUUGCGUCUUCUUCUCAUGUCCAACCACCAUGCCUGCGUCUUCUUCCAAUGUCCAACCACCACUGUCGGUCGCCGUCGACUGCCGCCACCGCCGCUAAUCUCACCGACACUAAACUCACUCGACCAGAGGAGGCAUCGCGAUGUGGAGCCGUACCAAGAACUCGACGACCGUACCAGGAGGCCUGCACACUUCCGCUGCCAAGCAAUCGAAUUCGCAGCCCGACCAUGUCUGUGGAAUUUGCACAACAGUACAGUGUCGCCGGAGGCGAUGUAGAAUCGCACAUGGCCAUCGACGGCGAAGUGCUCUCAUACCGACUGCGGCAGUUCGGUGUUGGCGGACGAAAUCUGAAAGGCUGCAAAGGGUGUUGUCCGGCGGUGUCUGAAGCGGUGUGCGUACAGCAGGUGGUGGUGGUGUUCAUCGGGCAGGCGGCAUGCAGCGGGCGUCGGGCGGCUGACGGCGGACGGUGGAUGGCGGACUGGUCGUCGCCGCCGUCAACUCUCCUCCGCCAUUCUCCCGCAGCCGUCAUCGUCCAUCAGUUGACGUCCUCCAUCUCCGAUGACGAGCUGCGGAUGCUCGGCGACUCAAAUUGUGGUGGCAGACGGCGGCUGAUGGUGUCGUGA